AUGAACAGCCCCGACGUGGAUGACUCAUUUGCACGCUUGAAUUACCAUCAGGACAGCGAGAUCGGCGUCAACGAGCAGAUUAACCACGAGUACUCGAUGUCAUACCAGUACCACGCCAUGUCCAACUACUUCAACAGGGACAACGUCGGCCUGCCCGGCUUUGCAGCUUUCUUUCGUGCUUCCAGCCUGGAGGAGCGAAACCAUGCCCAGCAGCUUAUGGACUUCCAGGCCACGCGCGGAGGCCGGGUGAAGCUGGCAGCACUGGCAGCGCCCCCCUCAGACUACAACCAUGAGCAGAAGGGGGAUGCUUUAUACGCAAUGGAGCUGGCUUUGGCGCUUGAGAAGCUCAACUUCAAGAUGCUCUUCGAGCUGCACGAGACUGCUGAGAAGCGCAAGGACGCCAAUAUGACUGAUUUUGUGGAGGAGAUGCUCUCAGAGCAGGCCCAGGGAGUGAAGGAGGUGUCAGAAUAUGUGGCACAGCUGCGACGUGUGGGCAAGGGCCUCGGAGUGUACGAGUUUGAUGCCAAAAUGGCUCAGCGUGCCACCACCUUGGCUUGA